ACAUAUACCACAUUCAUCUUUCUUUCUGUACUCUACAACCUCCUUCCCUGCCUCCUUCACCCAACCUCUCUCAUGGAGAAUUUUCCAACCUCGUUUUCAUACUCAUCUUCAGCAUCAUCAGCUUCUCACUUGCCAUUGAAUAUGAUCAUCAACCCUCAUGCUUAUUCAGAAUUUCAAGGCAGCAAACCAAAUGGGUUCUUGGGAUUGAUGACAAACAUGGGAGUUCCAAGUUCAGAUGGUAAUAAUGUUCCUCAGAGCAAAAGCCUGGUUGAUAGUGAUGCUGAAGUGAAAUCAAGUAAGGGAAAGGGAGACAAGAAGAUUAGAAAGCCUAGACAUGCAUUUCAAACAAGAAGCCAUGUUGAUAUACUUGAUGAUGGGUAUAGAUGGAGAAAAUAUGGACAAAAGGUCGUGAAGAACAACAAAUUUCCAAGAAGCUACUACCGAUGCACACAUCAAGGUUGCAACGUGAAGAAGCAAGUUCAACGUCUAUCUAAAGACGAGGGCAUCGUUGUUACAACGUAUGAAGGGAUGCAUUCGCAUCCAAUUCAGAAGUCUACUGAUAACUUUGAGCAUAUCUUGAAUCAGAUGCAAGUUUACACUGCUUGCUAAAUCUUCAAAUCAUCCUGUAAGGGGCAAUGGACGUCUGAGACUUCACCAUCGUAGUGUGGAGAGAAUUGGAUGUGACGAAGUCUUAACCCCGAUAUAUGAAGCGGCUAGUCUUGUGAUUAAAACUUGUGAUACGCAGGUUACGAUAGAACAAACUUAAUGUUACGCCAAAUCCCAAACUUUGCCAUGUGUAACAUAUAUAUUAAAAUUAUAUUUGGAAUAAGUUAAGUUCCUAUAUGUAGAAUUACUUUGAGUGGUUUAUUUGUUGUAUAAUUCUUUUUCAUAUUGUGGGAGUUAGGCAGUUCUAU